AUGACUCUUUUACAAGCUCCUUUAUCCAUACCGUUGGAAUCGACAUUAAAAAUAUUCGAUACCUCAGGCCAGGAACGUUUUCGUACUAUAACUACAAGUAAAUAUCUAGCUUAUUUAAUUAUUUUUGCUAAGCGAUCUUUAUAA